UGUUUGUCAACAUUAGUUGAUAUUUGUUAUUAAUGAAAUGAGUGAUGACGCUUCUACAAGCGAGGAUAAAAACAAUUGAAGAAAUAACGAGAGAAUCACAAAAGGAUCUCGCAAAGGUCAAUUUAAAAAAAAUCAGUGAAACGAACGAAAAGCGUAGAUCGAGGAGAGAGGUCGAAGAGGUUAUGCGAGGAAAAGGAGGAAAGCGAAAAAAAUGACGAUGCGGCCACGGUUAAAGUUAAAGGUGAUGUUUUGGCUGGGAGAGAAUUAUUUGAGCCUAGCAUAUUGGCACAAGAAAUGUGGUGUUGCAGCUGUGACAUACCCUUAUCUUUUCGAUACACUGUAAAUAAAGUCCAGCAAGGCUUAGGAUAUGUUUAUGAUAUAAAAUGUUACAAAUGCGAUAAGGUCAAAACAGUAAGAACAGGAAAAAUAUUCAGACAGGGCAAUAGUGUACUGUUUGAAGCAAAUGCUAAAGCAGCGCUUGGUAUUAUAGAUGCUGGAAUUGGUGAAACACAAUUCAAUAUAUUACUAUCUGCACUGAAUAUCAACACCGUGUCAGAUACUUUGCUCAAAAGGUAUGAAAGGAUUGUAGGCCCAGCAAUCGAAGCCCUCGCUAAAGAUUCAUGCUUGAAUGUUUUGAAAGAAGAAAUAGCCUUGGCUAAGAAAGCCAAUGAUAUUAUAACAGACAAGUAGGACUUUUUUGGUCGCAGUUAUACUCACAUAUAAGAAAGAUCUGCAUGAGCUAGAAUUUUAUUUAUAUAAAAAUAAUUUUUUUAUGAUUUUUUUUACACUCAACUUUUAUUGAAUCAUUGUUAUAAUGAAAUUGUAAUUUUUUACUAUUUUUUAUUUUUUGUUUGUUAUUGAUAACAUUUAC